CAUGCCUCGAGAACAUGCGUGUGCUCUUCUGUUCACGCUGCUCCAGGCAGGAAGCUGGCAGGAAGUUUGUGUCUCAGUCUAAAAAGAUGGCGGGCGAGGUGUAUUUAGCGUCGUUUGUGUCUUUGUUGCAAAUGCUCUCGACCUUUGGAGCAGAGUUGUCCUCCGAGGCAUGCCGGGACAUGGGCUUCUCCAGUAACCUCCUCUGCAGCUCCUGUGACCUGUUGGGCCAGUUCAACCUGAAUCAACUUAAUCCAGUGUGUAGGCAGUGCUGUCAGGAAGAGGUGCAACUUGAGUCCAUUAAGCACUACCCUGGUGCAAUUUUGGAAGUCUGUGGAUGACGACUGGGAAGGUUCCCUCAAGUCCAAGCAUUUGUCAGAGGUGACAAGCCAAAGACGUUCAAGGGUCUACAAAUAAAGUAUGUCAGAGGCUCAGACCCUGUGCUCAAGCUGCUGGACAACAGUGGGAACAUCGUUGAAGAGCUCAGCAUCCUCAAGUGGAACACCGAUAGUGUAGAGGAAUUCCUGAGUGAAAAGUUGGACCGUAUAUAAAAGCCCAGUUUUUCCUUUUGAUAAAAUGUAAAGUCAUGCAAGAUGUGAUCCCCCCCCCAUUUUGAUUAGUAAGUUUUUAGUUGAAAUUUCAGUCAUUCAAAAGUACUUUAUAAUCCUCUUCCCCAAGAGAUAUAAUCAUUCAAGAAUGUACAAACCCUGAUACUGCUUUUUGUGUAGUGUGGUGCUCUAUGAACAUGUGCCUAUGCAGAGGUGUGCAUUAAUGAAGGCCACUCAGGAAACCAUAGUUGGGUUGAUUGGUCUGAAGUCGACAGUGUACCUCUCAGGGCAUCUACUAAUAGGGAAACCACUCCGACUAUUGUCUUUGCGUCUGCAUUUAUUUCUUUAUGUUAGUAUGUUUGCAACAGGCACUCAAAUCAAUAAAAUUCUCUAAAAUUCA